AUGAUUAUUCCUAUUCGCUGCUUCUCUUGUGGCAAGGUCACUGGCGACCUCUGGGAGCGCUACCUGCAGCUCAUUGCCGACCCCAGGAAGACUGACGGUGAUGCCAUGGACGAACUGGGACUGAAGCGCUACUGCUGCCGCCGCAUGAUCAUGACCCACGUCGAUCUUAUCGAGAAGCUCCUCAAGUACGACGACCCUCGCAUCCUUUUACCGACAUGA